GUAAAAAAUUGUAUUAUUCAUAGACAAAAUAUUUGAAAUAAUUGCUUGUAUGAAAAUUGGUGCUAUCGGUAGAAUCGAUCGUAGAUUAGAUAUUGAUUAUUAAAGUGCACGUAGUGAGGUUGUGUUCGACAGUGACAUAAACGACAGUGGUGGACAGAGCUAUGGCGCCAUGGCGUGAGGUACCUUAUGAAAUCCGCGAUGUGUCGCCAGAAGAGGAUAAAAUUAUCAAGAAGUGUUUGAUUGGUUACACAAAAAAAUUCAUCAAAUGUGGCAAGACUGGGUAUGUGAUGCCCGCUGCAUUUAAAAAGCACGCUGAAUACAUCUACAACUUCAAGGUCCGGCCAGAUGAUAUUUGGGUCGUCACUUAUCCUAGAUCAGGAACAACAUGGACCCAAGAAAUGGUGUGGUUAUUGGAAAAUGGUUUGGACUUCGAAGCAUCGAAAAAAUCUCCUCUGUAUGAACGAUUUCCUAUGUUAGAAUUAACAUCACAAAUUCCGGAGGUGGCGUUCGAGCUGAUUAAGAUAAACUUCAUGAAUCUAGCAAAUUUUCAAGGUUUGAACAAGGCGGUAAAGCGGCCGAGUUGGAAGGAUAUAGAUGAGGCACCAUCACCUAGAUUAAUCAAAACCCACCUCCCAUUAUCGUUACUCCCACCAGAUCUAUUGAAGGCAAGAGUCAUCUAUGUUGCCAGAGAUCCGAGAGAUGUUGUGGUAUCAAAUUAUUAUCUUCAUAAAAUGAUUAUAAAGAGUCUGAUGCGAGGAUCGUUUAUACACUUUUGGGAGGCGUUCCGGCGGGAUUUACUACCUGGAAUGCCAAUUAUAUCUCACACAAACGAAGCCUGGAAACAGAGACAUCAUCCGAAUCUCCAUUUUUUGUUUUAUGAAGAUAUGCUUCAGGAUCUACCAAUGAGCAUACGUGGCGUCAGUGAAUUUCUACAAAGGAGUGUAACCGAAGAACAAGUGCAGAAGCUUGCAGAACAUUUAACGUUUAAAAAUCUUAAGAAGAACAAAAAUGUUAACAAUUCAACUGACAGUGAUAUACAAUUUAUUAGAAAAGGUGAAUCCGGUGGAUGGAAAACACAUUUCGAUGCGAAAAUGGAACUACAGGCUGAAGAAUUUAUGAUUGAAAGACUAAAAGGUCAAUCUUUGAAAUACCCAACAUAUGUUGUAGACAAUGAAUGUUCUAGAUUGUAAAUAAGAAAUGAUUCAUCUAGAAUACAUGUUUGAGACAAACGUAACUCCAGAGUUACGCAUAUGGAGUCCACACUCCAUAUAUCUUUACGGGUGUUUUCAAUAGAGAAGCUGUGUUGCCGAGUCGAUUAUCUAUAUUAGUCUAUAUUUUAGUUUAGUUUGCACAAAAAGAUGACAACAAACCUUGGUAUUGUAGCGACAGCUGCGAUCUGCACUUACAAAUCACUGCGAUGACGUCACACCUUGAAACGCGCUAACGAAGUUAUUCCGUCCAGUAAGGAUAUCUAGAACUUUUCUGCCUUAGUCACGCGGGCCUUAGAGGCGUUCUUUCAGUGGAUAGACGAGGUCAGGUCGAGGGUCCUCACUUUAGAUUGGAGGAACUGUUCACCAGCCUUCCUCCACAAUAUUAAGGAGUGCAAUAGGCGGACGUAUUGCUGAGCGAACUCUUCUGUGCCAAUACAGAACACAUGGAUUCCUGCAAAAAGUUAUGCAAUAGAUAUACAAGUAUGUCGAAACGUUGCCAGAAUCAAGAACGUUACAACGCCUUAACCUCAAGAAAUGCUUGCAGAGACAUAACUAACAAGAUAUCUUCUUGCUAGCCAAUCGGAUAAAACAGGAAGCGAAGAUAAAUUAAUUGUAGUAUAUGAUACAGUAUUUGUAAUGUGAAUAUAAAUUUAUAACUAAGUAUAAGCGUAACGAUCAUAUCGUUAUAAAUAAUAUAUAGUUGAAUGGAACGAUUUCUGAAAAUGACAAACUUUGAGGGUAGUUUCAAGAAAUAACGCGUGGGCCAAGAUCACUUCUCGUUAAUGUGCUGAGCCUUGAUUGGCUUGGUGAUAAAUAUUGUCAUUCUUUUGAGACAACCAUUCUUUGCGAUCGGCGUGACUCCCUAUCGUAAUAUAAAAUUGUAAGAGACAUGCGCUUGGUCACGUGAUUAUUCUCAUUAAAAUACAAUAAUUGUUAGUUGUCUUGUUUAAAAUGACAGAAGGCAACUGUAAACUCAAUGCAAGAGAAGAAAAAAAUGUUUGCACGAAUAAUUGUCUAAUUAUUCACGAAUAAAAUUAUUAUUAUUUAA